AUGAACCUGCCAUAUGCCGUCUUUGCAAUCUUGGUCUUCGGCGUACCGAUAUACGAGCGUUAUGAACGCACACACUAUCCCCAUGACCGGAUCCCAACGAAACUGAAGUGGACGGCCCAGCUGGCACUGGGAAGUACGACUGCGGCCAACAGCUUAUGUCGGGUCGUCGGAGUGGUGCGCGAGCGACGCAGUGGAGGAGGCCCAAAUCCAAAUGGGAAAGCAGUAUCGGCCGGUGCCAACCAUCACUGCUUGGUGCUGGGUGUGACCGUGGGGGGAAUGGCGACGGCUUACAUGCAGGGCUCAUGGAAUGAGAGUGACUGGGCGUAUGUUCAAGACAAGUCUGAGAAGCUUCAGCUGUGGACCUCGGGCGCGGAGCCGGCGGGCGCGAGUAUCGGACAGGAGAGAGAAGAGAGCGGCGAGAAAAGUGCACAGGAUGAGAUCUGA